AUGCCCCCAAUAAAGCAGAGGAACUUCUCGGAGUUAAAUGAAGAUGGAUGUCUGAGAGGAAGAAACUCAGAUAAAAAUGUAAGUUCCACCCAUUCUGAAUCUGAUGAUGGCGUGUUAUCUGGGUUUGAUGAAAUGGAAUUAUGUGACUACUUUAUGAGAUCGGUCCUCAACUUAGAAUCCCACAACCAACCCCUAAUCCUAAGGCCUACAGGAAGAGAACACAUGAUGAAAUCUGUCAGAGCCAACCCGACAGGCAUUAGCCAGGAUCAAUUCAGUCGUCAGGAUCACAUUCAGAGGGUGAGGACGGAGGAAAAGGAGUUGAAAAAGGAAAAUUACGGAUCGAAGCCAGGAAGAAUAUCUAGACCAUACUACAAUUAA